UCAAGAUGUCGAAGCGAGGACGUGGUGGGUCCUCAGGAGCGAAAUUCCGGAUUUCCCUGGGUCUCCCGGUAGGAGCCGUGAUCAACUGUGUUGACAACACAGGAGCCAAGAAUUUGUACAUCAUCUCUGUGAAGGGAAUCAAGGGAUGGCUGAACAGACUUCCCGCUGCUGGUGUGGGUGACAUGGUGAUGGCCACAGUUAAGAAAGGCAAACCGGAAUUGAGGAAAAAGGUCCAUUCAGCAGUGGUAAUUCGACAGCGAAAAUCAUAUCGAAGAAAAGAUGGGGUGUUUCUUUACUUUGAAGAUAAUGCAGGGGUCAUAGUAAACAAUAAAGGCGAGAUGAAAGGUUCUGCUAUUACGGAUCCAGUUGCAAAGGAGUGCACAGACCUGUGGCUCAGGAUUGCAUCCAAUGCAGGCAGCAUUGCAUGACUCUCCAGUGUAUUUGUAAAAUAUAUUCAUUAAACAGUCUUUG